AUGGCUUCACCAGCCCCUAUAUCAGCGGAUUGCACCACUCUCGAGAGUCCCACGAAAGAGAUCCCGCAAGAGAUUUCUGUCCAAGAUCGAAGCGGCAUGGGCAACCCCAAAGCUAGCCGUAGCGGUGACAUUACGAAAUCUUACAACAAGCAACGGGCCAGCGUGGAGAAGGGAGCUGCGCCUGCGGCAGCGAAGCCAAACGCGCAGAAGCCGAGGGCGAACGUUACUGCGAGGGUUGAUGACCAGAUUUCCAGUCUCGCGAAAUUUGCAUCACGGAUCAAGUUAGGAGAUCUAGAGGAUACAAUAGGCGGAGUGAAAGGUGACAAAUCCAACGAUAAAUCAGAUCGUGCUACAAGCGAGCAGGUUCUCGAUCCCAGAACUCGCACGAUUCUUAUGCAAUUCCUUAAUCGAGGUAUUGCGAAUGUAUACUACGCGGUCUCAGAUCCUGAUCCGGACUCCGGAUCCUCCAGGUUACAGCACCGCGCUAUCAAAGUCUAUAAGACCGCUAUCCUUGUAUUCAAAGACAGAGAUCGCUAUGUCAGCGGCGAACAUCGUUUCCGCAAUGGGUACAACAAAGGAAACAACCGUGCAAUGGUAAAAAUGUGGGCAGAGAAGGAAAUGCGGAAUCUUAAGAGGCUAUUUGUGGCUGGCAUUCCUUGCCCCAAGCCUGUUUACCUUAAGCUUCAUGUCCUUGUGAUGGGUUUUAUUGGUGAUAAACAUGGACACCCAGCGCCCAGACUAAGGGAUGCUAGCAUCAAUGGCGAAGAAACCUGGGAUCUACUCUAUCAGGAACUCCUCUGCCUCACGAGGACAAUGUACCAACAAUGCAAACUAGUGCACGCUGACUUGAGCGAGUACAACAUCCUAUACCUCGAGAAAAAGCUCUAUAUUAUCGACGUUAGUCAGAGCGUAGAACACGAUCAUCCUAGAAGUUUUGAAUUUUUGAAAAUGGAUAUCAAGAACGUCAGCGAUUUCUUCAAGAGGAAGGGUGUCGAUACUAUCGACGAGAUAUUGGUCUUUGAGUUCAUCACCAGACCUAAUCUAGGGCCUCGAACUGACGGAGAAACCGAAAGCGCAGCUACCUCUAGAUUCCUCAGGGAACUCCCCAGAGGUACUGGGGAAGAGGUCGAGGAACGUUUUUUUAGAGAAGCCUACGUGCCUAGAACCCUAGAGGAGGUUUACGACGUUGAGCGAGAUGCUGAGAAGUUUGGCCGUGGUGAGGGCUCUGACUUGGUAUAUCGCGAACUUCUUGCCGGGGAAGAUGAGGACACGAAUGGCGAGGAUGAAGAAGAUUCCGGAGAACAAACUGAUGAUGGCGACGAGGGUGGGGAUUGUGACGGAGCCGAGCACAUUCACAAGAAGGAUAGAGACACCAAACCUAGGGGAAAAAAACAUGAAGAUAAGGAUGAGAAGAAGGCACUCUCCCUUUGA